AGGCUUGUGUACACCAGAAAAUUGUUCUGUAAACCUAUUGUUGAUCACUACUAGAAAGGCUCUGAGAUGGAGAAAUCAUGGAGCUUUAGAGGAGUUGUUUGGCUGCUUUGUGGCUUUUUCAUGCUUUCUCUUCUCGUCUGCGGCACCAAUGCAGAUCCAGAAUAUGACGACAAGUAUCAUCCCACCAAAAACGUGAAUUUAACGCCAUUUAUUCAGUAUUUGAGCGUCUACCAGUGCAUGCUAAAUGUAUCAGAGCAUUGCGACGAGAAGUAUUAUUUGACAGAAAAAGGGUGGCCAAAUCUGACCAACUCCGAUGUUGAUCCUUUCUGCAAAGGAGGAUGUGCCGAACACACCAAGGCAGUACUGGAGUGCAUUUCUCUGGUGAAGCAGGAUUACGAGUUUGCAGAUGAGAAUACUGUGCCGAGUAUCAAUUACACUAUUACAAAAGGAUGCAAUGAUAGUGAUUUUCCUCCCAAUGCUACCUUCCCACCUCCAAACAGUGCCAUGAGGGCGUCCGGCCGGGCCGGAUUCAGCAUCAUCUUUUCGGUUGUUUCAGCAGUGUUGAUGGCAUACUCCCAUGUCUGAAGGAGUAUAUACUCUAGUUUUGUGUCUGCAGAAGGGUGUGUGUGAGGAUGAAGAAGUGUUGUGUGUGUUUUAGUAUGGAGGUGAUGUGUAAAAUAAGGAAAUAAGGGUUGUGUUUGCUUAUGUUUCAACAAGAAAUCUGUAUGUAAUCAGAAUAAGGAAAGGAGGGCCUAUAAAAUAUUUAUAACAAGAAAAAGAAAAGUAAUG